CGUUUUUCUAGCGUAUCGUCAAUAGCAGAGAAACCUGAAACGUCAGUCUGGCAGUUACCUAAUGGCUACAAGGAAAUAACCGUCGAUAUUUAUUCAAUCCGCGUUCAGUUGUAGCCUAUAUAUUUUUACAGUUUUUCAGACUGACAAUUGGAUAAACAAGAAUAUGAAAGCAGCAUUUUGUAUACCUAUUGUAUUACUCUUUUUUAUGGAUGGGGGGGUUUUAGCUGAACUCCCUCCUCCUAUCAAUGUGAGGAUAGAUUCCAUCAACAUGGAGCUGGUAUUGCAGUGGGAUGCUGCCCUGAACACCACAGACAACAUCACCUACACAGCAGAAUACAGGGGCUUUUACCCACCCUACAAAGUGAUGUGUGGGAACAUUACAGAGUUGCGUUGUGACUUCAGCAGUGUUCUCCAACCAUUUGGAGUGUACUCUUUCAGAGUGAGGGCAGAGCUGCAAGGGGAAGGCUCGCCUUGGGUGGAAAUAUCAAAUUUCGUUAUGGACGAACAUACUGAGAUCGGGCCCCCCUCUGUGAUUCUCAACGCCAGUGGGAUCAACAUUGAAGUGACCAUUAUGGAUCCAGUGUUCCGGAUAAAAACGUUUAGAGAUGUUUAUACCAUGGCCUCAUACAACAUCACCUACUGGGAGAAGGAUCACAAAGACAAGGCCGUUCACAUGAGUGACAUAGAGCAGCCCAGGAUGGUUCUUCCUGACCUUGAGUCCUGGACCAGCUACUGUGUCCAGGCCCAAGUGAAGACCCUGAGGUUAAACAAACUCAGCCAACCCAGUGGUGUGGUGUGUGAGACCACUAGGAAGGUACCUGUGGGAGCCUCGCGACCCUUCCGGGUUCAUGGCCGUGCAGACCAGCCCCCCUCCACAGGAAGUCUUCCACCCUGUCCGUGUCAUGGCGGAGGACCCUCCGUCAGAGCUCCCACCGACGGCUACCGGACUUAUCGUCACCGACCACGACGAGACGACGGGGGGGGAGACGGUGAACGGAGGGUGGGCUGGGUGAAAGGAGGAGAGGGCUCUGAUAUAGGCCCUGAAAAAGGGACGUGUUGCCUGCAUGAGGCCUGUUCGGGUGGCUGUUUGAAGGUAUGGGAUCCCCAUGACAACUACGGCGUUUCCACUGUGUUUGGGUUUGACGAUGUUUGGAGGAUUUCAGCAAGUAUAGCAGAGAUGAGUAUGUCCUUUGAAAUUAGAUAGUAUUUUUAGCCCUUGUGUCACAAUGACCCAAAGGCACAACUCAUUGUUGUGUUGCGACAACUUUACCCAAUACUGAACCAAUAAAAAGUUUUAUUUUAACCUUUGCGCUGUGGGGGAUCUGAGACAUGCCGACGGUUAAAAGAAAAUGCUUCACUUACAUUUUUUAUAAGGUAAAAUUGUCGCAACACGACGGUGGGUCACACUCACAAUGACUCGAAGGGUCGAAGACCCGAAGGUAACACAAGGGUUAAGGUCUGGCUGCACAGUGUUGAAGUGUUGUGCAAUGUCAGUGUGCUUUAAACCUAGUUGUGGGUACUGUUUUUAUGUAAUGUUUAGUGUUUAUUUUAUUUUUAUAAUGAACUGUCAGCAGAUUAAGCUUUAUUAAUAAAAAGUUGUGUUGAAUCCA